AGAUUUAUCACGUAAAACCAAAAGACGCCGACAAAAAUGUUAAUGAUGAGCAACAAAAAAUGGAGCGGCCGAAUUGUGGACCCACCGGCUCCGCCUCACGACUUCUUCUCCAAUAUGCCUGCCGACAUUCGCGAGAUGCUCGAGCUACAGGAAAACAUCACCGAUUCUCAGCCGAUGGAUCCGCCAUCGCUAGAGAUCAUGAUGCUCCAUCACCUCAUGAUCAUUCUGGUCACCCUUUUCGGUAACACACUUCUGAUCUAUGUGAUCUACAAGAACAAUGCGGUGCUGAGGCGGAAACGGGUCACUCCCGUGCAGAUGCUAAUGCUUCACAUGUGCGCUGCUGACAUUCUAUUCGCCCUGAUCAGCGUGGGCCCGACUAUGGCCAUCACUGCCACCGUCCCCUUCUUCUACGGCCCAAACCUGCUGUGCAAGCUCACCAAAUUCCUCCAAGUGAUCCCAAUGUACGCCUCAUCCUUCCUGCUCGUGGCGAUCAGCGCGGAUCGAUAUCAAGCCAUCUGCCGUCCGCUUGCCUCUAUGAAAUCAUCCAUCUACAACCGCCCGGCCCUCUACUCCGGAAUUGCCUGGACCGCGGCGAUCCUCUUCAGCACACCUCAACUCUACCUCUUCGAGAAACGAAACGGAGAUUGCUCAGAAAACUACACGACCGCCUUGCAAUACCAGCUCUACGUUUGCUUGUUCAACUCAGUGGUAUGGCUUCUGCCGAGUGCCAUCGCUGGAUGGCUCUACUUAUGCGUGUGUAAAGCGGUGUGGAAGAGCACCUCGUUCAGCAGCUCACUGAGGAAUAAUAUGAAGAAGAUGGAACAUAUGAAGCUGACCGAAAAGAACGGCGGCAUGCAGGCUCACCACAAAGGAGCCACGAUGCAGUGCGUCGAGUUGGAUCGAAGGAGAGUUCAGACCGUGAAGCUCACGUUGACAAUUGUCGCCGCGAACUUUGUGCUCUGGGCUCCGUUUUGCAUCACUUCGGUGAUUGAUGCCGUGUGGCCAACGGCGAUAAACUCCACAUUCGCCACAUACAUCAUGUUCUUCGGCAACCUGAACAGCUGCAUGAACCCCUGGCUAUGGUUCCAUUUCAACCGGAAACAAUUGAAACGCGCAUGCCCGUGCCGAAAAUCCUCGGAACCCCUUAUCCAAUCUCGACCCGGCGGUGGAGCCGAAGAGGAUCAUGCUCCGACAGAGUUUACUAUGGAGAUGGCUGUGAACUCGGAAUCCAAUCGUUCUGAUUAAUUUAUCAACUAUUUAUUUUUCUCACCCAUAUCAAUAAAACAUAUUUGUCAA